AUGAGACCAAUAACGCGUAGCUUAGGCUUUGCGACCGUCAAGCCUCUAGAAGUGCUCCUUACGCGGGACGAUGUGACCCUCUUUGACAUACUGGACGACCGGAAUCUCUUCUUGGAGUGCAAGGAGAAGAACCCAAAGCUGAUAGAUUAUCUAUCAAAGCCCAAUGUGCUCAAGCAGCUCCUAGGGUUCGUGUUGGACGAAUUUGAGGAUCGGACCGUCAAUCGGGCAAAGUCAGUAUCUGCCUCUCACGUCGCCACAGAGGUCCUAAGCCAGGACCUGGACGCAUUCGUGGACGGCGCAUUGGCAAACGACGCAGCGCUUCUUCGUGACUUUUGGAUACGUGGAAUGAAGAAUCCUGCUAACUCGUCCAAUGGUGCACUCAUGUCGCAGUUCUCCAAAGUGUUUGUGGCCUUUCUGCUGCGAAAACCCCAUGAAACCUUUGCAUUUCUGCAAAAACAGCCGGAUAGUCUUCGAGAUAUUCUUCGGCACCUCGAACUGCCGCAGGUCGCGGAUAUGCUACUGAAGAUUCUCCUUUUGGACAGAGAGUCCACGAAUGAACCGGUCGUAGAUUGGCUCUGCGAGCAAUCUCUAAUGGAGCAGCUCAUACGGAAGAUGUCGCCGAACAACGAUGCAGUCGUUCAGCAGGCUGCACUCGAGUCCAUCAAAAACAUUAUUCUAAUGUCCUCCUUUACGCCUACUCCGGGCCGUAAAGAGGCGAGCGUGCUCUCAAGCAAUCGUCUCUCUCGCAACCUGGUGUCCACCUCCAACUCUGGUAUCCUUAUUGGUCAGCUAUUUCCGUCAAAACAGGCACAAAAAAUAGCCGAUCCCAAUACCCCGCACUCGGCAUCAUCAUCUGGUCUCAACCUGGAUGGUGAUGUCGAUGCAGAAGUCUCGUCAUUCAUGAAUGCCGCGUCUACGGUGAUGGAGCUUAUACGAAAGAAUAAUUCAGACUAUUUCGAGCAGUACCUCUUUCUCAGAGCACGGGAACACCUCAUGGCCGUCCAAGAAGCAAUGAUGCAGGAGGAACACCCCGAAGGCGAGUCAACUGAUUGUCGACCUGCAUUGGAGGCUGCUAUGGAGGAAAUUAUGGCAAAAUGUGGUCUCGUCAACCUUGGCACCUUGAUCUCUGCAAUUUGCGACAACCUUCAUGUCCUCCAAGCGCGAUUGAAGGAGCCUCGUUCACUCGCACUACCAAUACCUUCGACAGUGGGACCGCUGGUACCACUAACGUUUGAACGACUACGAAUAUGCGAGUUGUUUGGAGAGCUCCUGCACUAUUCCAACAUGCUCUUACCCAACAGAAUACCGGGAACAAGUCCAACCUACGACGAAGACGGUCGGCUCGUUGGUGGCCUCGACGCACUUGGGGAUCUGGCUGCGGCCAUGAUGGCAGAGGCAGACCCAGAUGCCGAAGAGGUUGAAUCAGAUGAAGAGGAGGAGCCAGAAGAGAAACCAGAGGAACCCGCCUUCCCUGUCUCUCAGCAGAAUAGAAAGCGGAGAUCGUUUGCAUCCGACAGUGACUCUGACGGCGGUUCGAUGCUCAACGAAGAACUGAAGGAGGUACACUCCCCUGCAGACAUUGAUAGUGGCUCGAGUAACGAGGCUACUUCGAAAGGGGCAGGAGUCAGCCCAGUAUCGUCCAUUGAGAAUCUUGUGGACAGACUAUCUCUUGUCGUCCCGGGCUCACCAAAGGCACGGAGACCAUCCCUCUCGCCAUUUACACCUGGUACACCACCUGUGCCGGUUUACUCCAAGGCAGGAUCAGUGAUCAUGCCCCCCGUAGAACCGGAUGCAAUUGUCGAUGAUGAUGUUGCUGAUGUGACGGGAUCAAAGGUACUCUCUCCCGGAGAUGCACUCAAGAGUCGCUUUAUGGAACUGCGAAUAUUUCCCACCUUGCUUGAUCUCGUGUUUCAAUUUCCUUGGAACAACUUUCUUCACAGCGUUGUCUAUGACAUCUUUCACCAAGUCCUCUUUGGCAAGAUUGAAGGAACGAUGAACCGGGAUCUUAUCAUCAGCCUAUUCCGUGACGUUGAAUUGCCGCGAAGAAUCAUGGAAGCGCAGACAAAGAAUGACACGCAACCACCUUCACAGCCCAGGCUUGGAUAUAUGGGCCAUAUCACCCUGAUGGCCGUUGAUAUUGUGAGCGCACUGGAAAAGUAUCCAGAUGACCUAUUGGAUGUCAUUCAACCGAUGAUUCCGAAUCCAGCAUGGGACGACUAUGUUCAUGGAGUCUACGCUGAAACACAGCGACUGGAAAACACAAUCCUCGGAGGUCCAAGGCCGACCCAAACUACGCGAGGGGCCACGCCGAUGGGCGAAAAUGGCUGGGGAGGCGAUUGGCCAGACGGCGAGGACGAUGGUUCGUCACCGAUACAAGAAUUCAGACGAACAGGAACGGCGAGCAAGCAAACGGCCGACUUUGGUCCACCGGACGAGGAAGAAGAGGAUACAUUUCACUUUACCCAUGCGUCUGGAUUCGCAAAUACGACAGGCUGGGGCUCGAGUUCGAGCUCGGACUCUGGCGACGAGCACGAUGAAUGGCUGAGAAACUCAAACUCUGCCACAGCGUCCGCGCAUCGGAGAGACGCUGAGGAAGUAGGUUUUGAUAAUGCAUUUGACGAUGACUUUGAACCAUCGGGAGAUGAUGGGUUUGGGGCAUGGACGGAUGCGGGAGGAGCAGAUAAUCAAUUUACUACCGACUUUGAGCACGAUGAUUUUGACUUUGGCGAGUUUGUCGAGUCUGAAGCGCCGCGGGAGAGCACUCCUGGAACCAGCAAACCGGCUUCUUCUUGGCUGACACUGCCUGUUGCCGAGCCUUGCGGCAAAUUUGUUCCAAACGCUCCUUGUCUCCUUCCACGCUGGUCGCGGGCCUCGACUCCUAAUGUGAGCGGAGAUCAUAAACUUGGCAAAUCGACGAAUCGAGGCCAAGAGAUCAAGGUCUCUCUCAAGGAUCGUAUCGCCGCGCUCGGUCUGGACAAUCCAUCUGCGAGCACAUCAAAUACCCCGUCAAAUGCUACUCCAGCACCAUAUCUCUCGUCCGGAGCGGUUUCGCUUCCCGUCGCUGGCGUCCGGGACAAGGCUGCUCGUUUCGAAAGCAUUGGCGGCGUUCCAGUCCCGCGCGGAAGCUUUGGUUUAGGUGCUCCUCCUGCUUUUCAAGGUCCGUCACGGGCUGGAGAACUGUACGGAAACCGAAUCCCGAGCGGAGGUCGCAGUCCUGGCAGCUCUCCAAGUCGCACCCUCGCGGACGAUCCUGCAGCACCCGAGUUUACAAGAGUAAAGCUGCGUAGCAUUUCAUCGGCUGCGUCGCUCGACUUGCUGGACUCCACCCAGUAUGGCAUGACCAUUGCCGUCAUUCCACCGUCUCCAGCCCUUGUUCCCCCUCAAGAAGACCCUCCAGGAGAAUUAAAAUCUGAGGUUGAACCAAAAAAUGAACCAAACGUGUCGGAUGCCCUCGAGACUUCCAACUCUCCCGUCGCAGUUUCCGAGACUGCUUCACCUUUAAGUGAUGAUGGCCAGGAAAUUGAAAUCAACACUUCCCCAGCCACAGCACCGGUGAUGAGUUUGGAGGCUAUUCCAGAAUCCCCGGCAAAUCAGGCGGCUCCUACCCCAUUCGUAGCAAGGCCGACCAUUGCCUCCAAACGUCGAUCCAUCGUGCUUAGCUCGCCAAUUAUCCUCCCUUCUACUUUGGAAGAUUCAGCCCCUAAGACUGCGGAUCCCACGGCCACGGGUCAUCCAAAGCGGUCGACAACCCUUUCGCCUCAAUCCACUCCUCGGAGAACAAAGUCUCAGGCGUCCUCCCGGGAUGGAUCAAUGUCCAGUACCGGUAGUGUUUUUAACUCCCCGCCGUCCGAUGAGGGCGAAGUCAGCGGCGGGGGGAGCCCUCGUUCGCCCACCUUGGAGGCCAUGAACGACUUCCAAGGCACCAACAUCGAUUUCUUACUUCCCACUUCUCCCACUAACGAACCUAUCUCGCCUGCUCCCCCGACUCUACCAACCCCGACCAACCGUCAACCCUCGACCAUCCCAAGUCCAGCCCGAACUGAAAUACCGUGGAGUAACGGGAUACUCAGUGACGACACCCUAGCUACAAAUGAUCUGAAUCUUGAGGACGACGGAUAUCUUGCUGCAGCGAUAUCUUCUGUCGAUUUCCAACCACCAGAACCGACCCAGAAACCGACGGCCCGACGGCCAUCUGUGCUCAGCACCAGCGAGCUUGCAUACCUUCAGCCCACGCCUCCUCAAAGCAUCGAAGAUGGUCUCAACGAUGACCUUGAACGCAACCCCAAACGCUUGUCCGUAUUCGCUUCUCGCGCCAGGACGUCGACAUUGCCGGAUGCUCCCCCAAGCGAUGCAAACUCUUCACCGGUCGCCGUCAGUCCCCAGAGACGCCUCUCAGAGACACUCGCAGAAACGGCUUCUCCAGCUCGUGUCAUGCGAGAACUUCGCCAGCUGAACAUGGAGCACAGUUCGCCAAUCGUCAUUUCUCCACCAAAACGCGCGUCCGUACUUUCGAUGAUGGUUUCGAGCCCCGUCACACCAGUCGAGAGCGAUGCACUUCUUAGAUCCAAGCCGGAGACAGAGCAGAGGAGCCCAAGUCCCCUCCGGCCAAAUGCACGGGAGCGUGGUUUUGCUUCGGGUGAGACCAGGAGUCGGUCACCACUUACGGAGCCCUUAGAGGCACCAGUUCGUUCUUCAUCCCUUACAACCUCGGCUGGGCCAUCGCAGAGAGGCUCUAUGAUUGACGACGUGUCACCAACAACCGCUAGUGUCUUCAGUAUACCACAAAGUUAUAGUGGAACUAGCGAUGCGUCUCAUAGCGGUCUGUCGAGGGCCAGUUCGCCUCAAGAUACAAUUGCUUUCCCGACCACAUUGACGACGACCCAAUUUAGCCUCCAGCCCUUUACCACCCCGGUGGCCAACUCCCCGACGGCGUCGAUACCAACUCAUGCUGAUACUGCCGACUCGAUCAGGACCACGAGCCCAUCACCUCCAGCCUCCUUCCGAUCCUUAUAUUCUGCAGGAAGAUUACCACCAUCAUCCCGUGGGCCUGGACCUCAUCCUCCUACCAGCAAGGUACCACUUUUACAGAGGGCAGUGACGCUUAUGAGCAGGGCUCUACCUCCCGUUCCAGUGGAAGAGCUCCCACGCCGAUCAGCAUCUGCGUUUCAAGCUAUUCGAUCACGCACAUCUUCAAAGGCCAAGAAAGAACAAGCCAAGCUAGCGCUGGAUGGUGGCAAACGACCUGAAACAAUUUACGACGACUCGUCACCGCGACCAAGCAUGUCGGGACCUAGGAUGCGAACAACUAGUUCGCCAUUGGUCUUGUCGAAUGCGGACGAUACACCCAGAAAUUCUUCCUCUGUACCUCCUGUUCCUACCAUACCACCGGUAGUGAUCACCACCGAAGCGGACGACUCGACACCGAUCGCUCGAAUGUUCAUGCAAAAGAAGGAACAGUCACUGAGAGGUCAGAAUGCACAAGGCAUGGCUCCUUCAGCCUUUCGGUCAGACUCCCCUAGCCCUUCCCUCUCUUCAACCUAUGGAAGCAUGUCGUCAUGUGGGCCCGCACAUCUCUUCAGCCCAUCAUUUGACCAGGGAAUCUUUGACGCAUUUCCCGAAGUGCCAGACCAUCUCCCGACGCCUUCUGUAAUUAUACGACAUACUAAAGGCACACGAGCUCAGUUGGGUCUGAUGCCCAAUCGCUCGGCGUCGGAAUUGGAAGGUGCAGGACGCGAGGUGCAAGCGUCGUCGCCGUCCAAGUCGGACGAUGGUUAUGCAUUUAAUCGGGAUGCAGACGCAAGCUCGACGGGGACAAUCAAGACGAGCAAUAAAUCAAAUGAUGUUGACGAGUUUGGGAACCAAAGACCGCCUGGGCGACGAAAGAACUCGUCUCGCAAGGUUAUCCCUGGCUGGUCUGAUGAGGAGGAUGAAAAGGUGGAAACCGGAUGGGCGAACGUUAGUAUCACACGGGCUCGAAUCGCUUGA